UCCUCCUCUUCCUCACUUCAACACUAUCAGACGGAGACGGAGGCACGCGCACCGAGCGACCGAGCGCACCGAACACCCGAACCGGACACACCGACCGCUGAUGCCCGCUGGAUCAGCAUCUCACAUCAACACAGAACAAAUAACCCGAAACUAACAGACAACCAGCCUGCGUAAAAAUAAAGAUCCAUUUCAGACAGAAACAGACAGAAGGAGAGAGAGAGGAGAGAGAGAGAGAGAGAGUGAGAUAGGAGGAGAGAGAGACACAGAGUUUAUAGUCAUGAUGUCCUACAUGAAACAGCCUCAUUACUCCGUCAACGGCUUGACUCUGUCCGGAACCGGGAUGGAUCUCCUGCACUCCGCCGUCGGAUAUCCCAACACGCCACGCAAACAGCGGCGCGAGAGAACCACGUUCACGCGCGCGCAGCUCGACAUCCUCGAGGCGUUGUUCGCCAAGACGCGUUACCCGGAUAUAUUCAUGAGGGAAGAGGUCGCGCUCAAGAUCAACCUGCCCGAGUCCAGAGUCCAGGUGUGGUUUAAGAACCGGCGCGCCAAGUGCCGUCAGCAGCAGCAGCAGCAGACCAGCGGCCAGACCAAACCCCGACCCCCGAAGAAGAAGUCCUCACCCGCCCGCGAGCCCAGCGUCAGCGAGGCCAACGGCGGCACCACCUACAGCCCUCCUCCGCCCCCGCCUCCGCCCGGGACCUCCAUCACCCCGAGCUCCACCAGCGCCACCGUGUCCAUCUGGAGCCCGGCGUCCAUCUCCCCGCUGCCGGACCCGCUGUCGGUGUCUGGGACGUGCCUUCAGCGCUCCGGCGGGUACCCCAUGACCUACACACAGGCCCCGGCGUACGGGCAAGGCUACGCCACCUCCUCGUCCUACUUCACCGGGCUGGACUGCAGCUCGUACCUGUCUCCCAUGCACCCGCAGCUGUCGGCCACCGGGGGCGCGCUCAGCCCCAUCACCGGCUCCAUGAGCGGCGCUCUCAGCCAGUCGCCCGCCUCGCUCUCGUCCCAGGGCUACAGCGCCGCGUCCCUGGGCUUCGGCGCCGUCGACUGCCUAGACUACAAAGACCAAACGGCGUCCUGGAAACUGAACUUCAGCGCCGCGGAUUGUCUGGACUACAAGGACCAAAACUCCUGGAAGUUCCAGGUCCUGUAGGGCGUUCAGAAGGGAAAGUCCGUGCACUCUUCAAACGCAACGCACGCCGCGUAGACGAACCCUUCUUAUUGUGCAUUUCGCGCAGUGGAAAUGUUAAAGGGUUCGUUUAUUUUUUUAAGAAUCAGGGUGAUCACGUCCAACCCAUAUUCUGAAGCGUUCGUGCACAAAUGAGGCAUUUUGAGUUCUGGAGAUGUUUCUAAAGACGAUGACCAACUCUCGAGUGUUUGAAUGAAGUCUAGUGUAGGUGAUAGUAGAUCAUCAACUGCGAAGAUCAAGUGUUUAGCGCGUUGAUCACCUCGAUCUGACAAUCAUCAUCUUCAUCUUCAUCAUCUGUACUGCAAAGGCUGCGUCUUGAUGUUUUAGGAGGUGUCUCAUUAUCAUUAGACUAUAUCAUCCUUCAGGAUCUCCAGAAACAUAUUGUCAUAUAUGUUUAUGAAAAAGCUGCUUUUGAUACUGAAGAGCGGAGAUGAAAGUGCUUUUGUGCGUCAGAUAGACGACAGAGCCCAAGAUGAUGCAUUUGUGUUUUAUAGCUGUUUCUUUAAUUGAUAUUAUAAUUUAGGUUGUUUGAGACGCCACACACUCUUUCUUUUUUCAAUGUCAAACUUUACUUGAAUGAAAUCAUGUGUUGAGUUGCAUGGAAUUAAACUCUCUGACUCUUAACGUUUAGAUUCUGCCAACAAUCAGUGUUUGUUUUAUUCGUCAAUCUCAGGGGUUUUCAGCUUUUAUAGGCUCCGACGCUCUUAAUGUCUGUUUGUACAAAAUCAUCAUUUUUCAAAAAUCAACUUUUUUUUCUCUGUUUUUGUUUGUAAUGUCCUGCUUUUUCAUUGUGUUUGCUUCUAGAGUCUUGUAGACUUUCAAUGAGUUAUAAAUAAACUUUUCUUUCCAUAAAUA